AUGUCUGACAAGCACUAUUUCCCAGAGACUGCAGCGAACCAGCUGGUGCCCCGGGCACUCCGUGCUCUGGUCCGGGCCAACACGCAUUUAGCUCUCGUCGAAAGCGAACGGGUAGUCUAUCACAAACAUCACCGCUCAUCCAAGGUCACCCUCAUCAGCGGCGGUGGCUCCGGCCACGAGCCUGCCUGGGCGGGAUACGUCGGCCAUGGCUUCCUCGACGGCGUCGCGUGCGGCGACAUAUUUGCCUCUCCCAGCAUGAAGCAGGUCCUCACGGCGGUCAAGUCCUGUCCCUCGACGGAGGGCACCAUUCUGCUCAUCACCAACUAUACCGGGGAUAAGCUGCACUUUGGCCUGGCGGCCGAGAGGGCGAAAGCCUUGGGCCUGUGCAAGAACGUCGUAGUGCUCCCUGCGACGGACGACGUCUCCAUCCCGCGGAGCGAGAUCCGUGUCGGACGCAGGGGCAUGCCGGGCCAUGUCAUCACUCUGAAAAUCAUCGGCGCUGCUGCUACGGCAGGCUCUUCGUUCGAUGAGUGUGUAAAGAUUGGCAAAGCUGUCAACGAUAGCCUCGUAUCUAUCGGAUCAGCGUUAGACCACUGCCACGUUCCCGGGAGGAGGAAUCACGAGCACAUCGGCAAGGAUGUUUGUGUCAUCGGUGCCGGCAUACACAAUGAGCCCGGUGUUCAAAAGCUGUCUCCUUUCCCCUCCGUGGAAGACAUAAUCAGCCACUGUUUGAAGCUUCUGUGCGACCAGUCUGAUAAGGAGAGGGCGUUUGUACAGUUCAACAAAGAUGACGAGGUCGUUCUGCUCAUUAACAACUACGGCGGUCUCUCCCUCCUUGAGCUCGGUGCUCUGUCAGAUGAAGUUCUGAUACAAUUAGAGAAAACGUGGAAUAUCAAGCCGGUCCGGAUCUUCUGCGGCACGUUCGAGACAUCACUCAACGGCCCAGGUUUCUCAAUCUCACUAUCAAACUUGACUCAAGCUGCCAGAGAUGCUGGGCUGCAGACCACGGACCUGCUGGGAUAUCUAGACUCACACACCUCCGCACCUCACUGGCCUAAUAACUACCAGCCGGCAGUGUCGCAGGACGAUUCGGUCGACCAGAAAAUUGUUACCAAUGCGAACGACAUAACGAAGGCCAUUGCAGCCGAGAACGACAUCCGCAUUGACCCGAAACUUCUUGAUGCCGUACUCCGUCGGGGAUGUGAAACAGCCAUCGCUGCCGAGCCCAGACUCACAGAGUGGGACAUGGUCAUGGGCGACGGUGACUGCGGAGAAGCCGUCAAGGGGGUUGGCGAGGCGAUCGUUGCCCUCCUAGACAGGUCCAAGAUCGCAGAGGAGGGAUCUGUAUUCAAGGCACUCUUCUCCAUCAUCGACGCCGUCGACGAUAUGGGCGGCACGCUGGGCGCCAUCUUCGGCAUAUUCCUGAGCAGCUUCGCCAGCGAACUCCAGGCGGCCAAAAGCAAGGAUGGCAUGUCGGCCGAGCUAUAUUCGGGCGCACUCGUCUCGGCAGCAGAAAGCCUCAAGGCCUACACCAGCGCCAGGGAAGGCGACAGGACAGUCAUGGACGUGCUGCUUCCGUUCGUACAGUCGUUUGCCCAGAGCCAGGAUUUCUCGGCUGCGGUGAAGGUCGCCGAGGAGAAAGCGGAAGGGUCAAGAGACCUUAAACCGAAGCUGGGUCGGGCCACAUACGUGAGUGAGGAUCAGCACCAGAGGUUACCUGAUCCAGGAGCUUAUGCUCUGUAUGAGAUGCUGCGCGGAAUGCAACUUGGGAUGCGGACACACAACGAGGCAUGA